UCUACAUCCGGUCUGAGUGUUCGCUCGCUGUCUUGGCGCGAGACUCGUCCGCUUUGACAGCAGACAGUUACCGUCGUACUCAUAACUUAACUUCACUUUUCAAACCAUCGCUUACUGAACACGACACCUUGAUGGUAACACCAUUUCAACAUUUAGAUUGGCUGAUAGUCUAAGGACUUUUUCAAGAUGAAUUGUGAGCUUUUGGCAACGUGCAGUGCUCUUGGCUAUCUAGAGGGAGAAAUCUACCACAAGGAAGUUGACUGCUUAGAGAGCGUGAAAGACUUGAUCAGGUAUUUACGACAUGAAGAUGACACCCGUGACGUCCGCCAGCAGCUGGGUGCGGGACAGAUUGUGCAGAAUGACCUUCUUCCUAUUAUCAUUCAGCAUAGACAAGACAAGCCCUUAUUUGAUGCCUGCAUCAGGCUCAUGGUCAACCUCACUCAGCCUGCCAUGCUUUGCUUUGGUAAAGUGCCUGAUGACCCUGUGUUUAGACAUCACUUUUUAGAAGUGACCUCUCAUUUACAAGCUUACAAAGAGGCAUUCGCUAGUGAGAGGGUUUUUGGCAUUUUAAGCGAGAUAUUAUACAACCUUCUCCAGCUGGACUGGGAGCAGAGACAGGAGGAGGAUACCCUACUGAUAGAGAGGAUCCUGCUGCUGGUCAGGAAUGUGCUUCAUGUCCCUGCGGACCCCUGUGAAGAGAAGAAAGUGGAUGAUGAUGCCAGCGUCCAUGACAGGCUGCUAUGGGCCAUUCACAUGAGCGGCUUCGAUGACCUGGUUAAGUUUUUGGCAUCAGCGCAGAGUGAGCAGCAGUGGAGCAUGCAUGUGUUGGAAAUAAUCUCCCUUAUGUUCAGAGACCAGACACCUGAAGCCUUGGUAAGCGCCGGUCAUGCUCGUUCGGCAGAAGAGAAGCAGAGAGACUCUCAGGAGCUGGAGGCACUGAGGGAGAAGGAGCAUGCAGCGAAACGUUCUCGCACAUUUCAGAGAGGAACCAGACACUCUCGCUUUGGAGGGUCCUUUGUUGUCCAAGGCCUCAAGUCCAUUGGAGACAAAGAUGUGAUUUAUCACAGAAAAGUCAAUAAUUUCAAAAAUUACACUCAUGACACAGGAAAAGCAGUGAGACGUGUUCCCAAGAGGAAUCGUCAGGCUCAGGAGUGUAAGGACAAACGCCGCUCAGCCUUAAAUGUUCGACUCUUCCUGCGAGAGUUUUGUGUGGACUUCCUGGAGAACUGCUAUAAUCGCCUCAUGUACCUUGUCAAGGAAAGUCUAAUUCGAGAACAAACUCAGCAGCAUGACGAGACGUACUACCUCUGGGCACUCAGCUUCUUCAUGGCCUUCAACCGGGGCAACGGUUUCCGUGCUGACUUAGUUUCUGAGACCAUGUCCAUCCGUGCUUUCCAUUUUAUUGAGCGCAACAUCACCAACUACUAUGAGAUGAUCCUCACAGACCGCAAAGAGGCCACAUCCUGGUCACGCAGGAUGCACCUGGCUCUGAAGGCAUAUCAGGAACUGCUGCUAACUGUGAACGAGAUGGACAACUCAAAGGAUGAAAGCAUCCGUCAGAGUUCCAGUGUCAUUAAAAGUAACAUAUUUUACCUGAUGGAGUACAGAGAGAUAUUCCUGACAUUGCUGAGGAAGUAUGAUGAAACCAGCCAGCCUCAGUCCUACCUCAAAGACUUGGUGGAGUCAACUCAUCUCUUUUUGCGCAUGUUGGAACACUUCUGCAAAGGUCGAAAAAACUUGAUGGUUCAGAAGAAGAAGGUGAAACGGAAAAGGUCUCGAGGUGAAAGAAAGUCCUUGGCCCCAGACACUAGUCCAGAGGCCCUGGAAGAGACCUGGAGGAUUGUGGAGGAAGAGCUGAAGGCCUCAGGGUUUCAGCUGUCAGAGGCUUUAACUGAAAGCAUCGUGCCAUUUGAUGCCACAUCUGAAACUCCACUUGAGGAGCAACGGACUGAGGCCAUGGUGCGUGUGCAGGACGCCCUGCUGGCUCGACUUGGACCAGAAGCGCUGGGGCUGCUGCGUGCUGCCAGGGAGGUGUGGCCAGAGGGGGAUGUGUUUGGUUCAGCUGAUGUGGAACCUGAAGAAGAACUGGAACUCCUCCAGCAGAUCCUAAAAGCCAACCUGCCAAGGGCAUCUCCUCCUGAGCCUGUGAUAGAGGAUGAGGAUGAUGGAGUGGAGUUAGAAGAGGAAGAGUUGGAGUCUGUCCAGGUUUCUGAAAGCGAGUUCAACUUUCUUGACUUUAUCAAGAGGUUUGCCACCCCUAGUAUUGUGCGUCCAUACCUCCUGCUAUUGAACUCAUACUCCAGAAACACACCUCACACUAACCACUGCAUUGCUCGAAUGCUGCACCGGUUGGCUGUCAACCUCAAAAUGGACGCCUUGCUUUACCAGCUGUCAGUCUUCAACCUCUUCAACAAAAUCCUGAGUGACCCUGCCGCAGCUGCCUACAAGGAACUGGUGACCUUUGCCAAGUAUGUGCUGAACCGUUUCUUUGCAGUGGCAGCAAAAAACAAUAAGGCAUAUAUUGAACUGCUGUUCUGGAAAAAUGUGGGGGCUGCACGUGAGAUGACCGAAGGCUAUACCAAAGAUGGAGAGGGAAAGAAACCAACAUGGACUGAAGAGGAGGAAGAGGAGCUGCGCAAGCUCUUUGAGGAGCAUCGUCAUUCUGGGGUGCCAGAUAUCGUGGAGACUCUGCUGCCAUUACUCAGCAACAGCAACCGCACUCGGCGACAGGUUGUGACGCAGCUGGUGCAUAUGGGUCUGGUGGAUAAUGCUAAGGAACUGAAGAAGCAGAAGGUAGGGACUCGGAUUGUACUUUGGACUGAGGAGCAGGAGCAGGAGUUGGAGAUGCUCUUUGAGGAGUACAAAGACUCUGACGAUGUGCUGGGUAACAUCCUGAAGAAGCUCACAGCCAAACGGUCCCGUGCACGUGUUGUGGACAAGAUGCUCAGUAUGGGCUUGGUGUCGGAGAGACGAGAGCUUAAAAAGAAAAGGAGUCGCAGCGCUCAGGGGAAGAGAUCUGGAAAGGGAAUGACUGAAGAAGAGUUCCUAGAAGGACUAACACAAGGAUUCCCAGAUAAUCCCGUGGACAGAGAUGAUGAAGAGGUAGAGGAUGAGUCUGAUGAGAGCGAGGAAGACGAGGAGGAGGAAGAGGAAGAAGAGCAAGAAAGGGAGAAAUCACAGAAUAGAGGAAGGAGGAACCAAAGCCUGCAUUCCCCUGUAGAGAGGAGAGCUGAUGUAGGCUCCAUGGUGUAUGCUCUGCAACAGGAAGGUUUGUCUGGACCAAUGUUGUGGCUACAGAAUUGUCUGAACAGAACAGCAGAGGACCGUGAAGACGAUGGUGUCUCCCAGGCAGUGCCACUUGUUCCUCUGACAGAGGCAAAUGAGGAAGCCAUGGAGAACAAGAACUUCCGGAAACUCUUGCGCAAACUGGGAAUACGACCACCUGCAAAUGAACAGGAGACAUUUUGGAGAAUCCCAGCAAAGAUCAAUGCAUCCCAGCUCCGGAGUGCAGCUGCUGCUCUCAGUCCAAGAGAGGAAGAACCUAAAGGAGACGAGGAGCAAGACAGCUCCAGGAGUCCAACUGUAGAGUCCCAGGAGGAGCAGCAGCAGCAGCAGCAGCAGCAGCAGCAGGAGGAGGAGGAGGUCUCCAGUGAACAGAGAACUCAUGCUCUGAGAGCUUUGCUGCUCGCACGCAAGAGGAAACAGCACACCUCAGAACAAACAGCUCCCGUGUCAGAUAUCACUCCUGUUGAGGACACAGACAAUACAACUGAGAGGUCUCAGGAGAAGACCUCAACUAAAAGAAGCAGAAGCAGAGUGCUGGAUGAUGAUGAGGACAAUGAGGAAGACUCCACCCCUGCAGUGAAAAUGGACCCCAGUGGCGAUACGGAUUCUGACAGAGAGGAUAUCUCUGCACCUGUGAAGCGUAGACGGAAGAUGGUCUUAAUUGACGAAGAGGAAGAUGAGGAUUAGUGACUUUCUUUAAUGGACUGUAAAAUAAACUGCAGACAAGGGAGGGACAUUAAAGUCUCUCACUUUGCUUAGAGGUGGAUGCAGCCCCCCUGGAGGCCUGCAGUCCAGACGGCGGAAACUCUAUUAAUGGAAUACCAAACAACACAAAGAAAACGGCCCUUAGACCGCCCCCUGUGGAGACAGAGAUCCUGUUGAGCAAUUUUAUUUUGCCAACCCUUUUGUACACUUGAUUGGUGCCUUUUAUUUAGUUAUGGUUAAUAUGUUGUGCCGGUCUUCUGUGUUUUAAGUUCUUGUUUUUCUCUUAUCAAUCACAGCAGGAACUUCAUGUUUAUGUUGUUGUCUGGAAUAAGUGUUGCUUUGUUUAUAACUCAAAACUGCAUCUGAACUAAUACUUUUGUAGUCUUAGUCAUUUACAGUGUUGAUUGAAUGUUGAGUAAAAUUUCUGCCUGCUUAAUAAAAAAAGCACUGUUGUCAAAAUAG